CCUCUGAUAUGAGCGAAUGCCUAUAUAAAACUCAUGAUGAUAGUGUUAGAUCAAGACAUAUCCUUAGCACGGAUAAUACAAAUAAAAUAGAAGUGAUACUCUCAGAUCGUAAGAGUCAUUCCUUACACAAAAUUAUUAAUUGGAAUGAGCCAAUCCAGCCCAUUAUAGAUUUUGACUUGUCAGUAGAAACAUUAAAUGCUAUAUCUCCUAAGCUUUCAGGCAAACAGUCGAAAAAUUUAUUAUGUUAUGCUUUUAAAGAUACUUGUCUUUGA